CCGUAAUCGUGGUUGCUUGAAUUCAAAUGUUUGUAGAGUGACCUUUUUAUUUGAGCAGUGACUGCGGCCAAACCUUUAUGGAUGUUAUUAGCUACGCAACUAUAUAAAUUCGACCUAAUUUAAUAAAGAACAAUAACAUUGUAAAAAAGUUUUUCAUCGAUGAAAAAUUCAUUUUCUUCACGCACAAAUAACUCAGAUGCUAAUGUCAGGCUUCUACGGUCCAAGCAUAAUCUGAUACAUGAACUUGUGACUUCCGAAAUCAAAUACAUAAGUUAUCUCAAGAAAGUCAUGAAGUACUUUGCAAGGCCUUUAAUUGACCGCAGAUACUUGCCUCAAGAUAUACACUCUGAAAUUUUCGGGCGUCUGGUCCCUAUCCUUAGUGUCAGCGAAACUCUUUUAGAGUCUAUUUUAACUGUCGGAGUCGAAAAAGCAUUCCUUAAGAUUUCUCCGUGUCUGAAAUUAUACGCUGAUUAUUCCAGCCGCUAUCAAACAAAUGUGGUGUUUAUGGAAACUUGCAAUGCAUUCACACCAGGAUUGAUGGAAUUUAUAACCAAACAGGAAAACUUGCCAGAUGUUAAUUUGCAGCUUUCAGCAUUCCUCAUAAUGCCCAUACAACGCAUUCCUCGGUAUUCACUGAUGCUUCAAGAACUUGUAAUCAUUUGUCUUCAACUGGACGGUUUAAGCAAUUCAGAAGCAAGUAAAUGUGCGCUUAGCAUUAACGAAGCUGCUCAUCAACAUGCCAUGAUACCAGAAUAUGCAGCCACCCUUAUUUUAAAACAAUGGGAUAAUCAUCAGCAACUGAAUUACUCUUCACCAUCUCAUGAUUCAAGUUUUUCAGUUAUAAGACGUUAUAUUCAUAGAAUGAGUGCUUCUACAAUUGUUCUUAUAGCAGGUUUUGCUAGUGUGGUAGCGACAGCAACAUUUUUAAAUGAAAAGAUCCGAAUCAAUGAACAGGCUACCAAAGCCGCUUUACUACAAUCAAGGCUUUUUGGCAAAUGGUCACACAACCUCAUUCUAGUACCAGGGCGCAAACUAUUGAGGUAUGGGUUGGUAAAAAAGAAAAAUGCUCUUGAUGGACUUGCGGAAACUCGUUUACUUGUGAUUAUGUCUGAUAUACUGAUAUGUGCUACACCACGAACACAGAUGGAUUUGGAAUUUAUGUUCAGUAAGAAAAGGUGUGUUUAUGGCCGAAAAUAUCCUGUUGAUUUUACACAGUUUUAUGGGAAAAAAAUAUCUUCACAAUGUACAAAAGUUAUUCGAAAAUGUAAAGACACAAAUCCAUUAAUUCAGGUUUCUAAAUUUUCCAAAUCAGCCUCCUCACAAAGUUCUAAUUCUCAAACGUUUGACGAUUCAGAUGAUGUUUUAACAAAUAGCAAAAUUUGUUUUUCAUGUAUUUCUGUCUAUCCUCUUCAUCACUGUCAUGUUCAAAUUCAUUUUAAACCACAUCGUACGUUCCUACAACCGAUUCCUGAGUCUCCUGAAUAUCAACCAAACAAAUACAAAUCAGUGUUUAUUUCACCAAGUUCUAUCAGAGAAUUUAGUGGUCGCACUGCAUCAACACCACUGGUAUUCGAUGAAUACCCUUGUCAAUCAACAUCCGUUGUAAAAUUCAAACAGGAUUCAUUUAUUACCUUCAAUGAAGAUGACUGCGCCCGAAAACACCAUGAACAUUUGAAUGAAUAUAGUUUUACCGUACAUUGUCGUGACGCUAGUUUUACUAUCGUGAAUGAAAGUUUAACUGAAGCUGAAGAUUGGAUUUCUAGUUUAGAAACAGCCAUUCAAGCAGUUAAAACAGCGCGAAAAAGCCUUCGUAAAGAAAGUAGUGCAAAGUGGCCAAUGCGCGCAUCAGAUUUUAUUCAAUUUGAACAGUGGCUAGAACAGAAGCGUAUAGUCGAAGAGUCAAUGAAAUCUUCUCAACUUUUUCAAAGUAUGGGAAUGGAAGAAUUAGCCAUCGGUGAUUCUUUUCCAUCAACAACUAUGCUUGAAUCAUCUAGAAUGGAACGAAAACUGGAAGAGUAUCGUAGACGUAAAUCGAUCGGUUGUGAUGUUGAAAAAACUAAUCGACUUUCUUAUAUAUUUUGCGAAUCUGGCAGUCAUGAAAUUAAUCCCAAAGAAUCGAAAUCGGACAAACAAUGUGGAUUUUUUUCUCGUUUCAUUCUAUCUAAAUUUAAAGGAAAGAAUUUAUUUAAUACUACAGCACCUGAACAUUCAGAUCAUUCUGUUCGUUUGUUAUCCAUGACAAAUAUUUCUGAUGAGCUCACGUCCAACUCCAUUUCUAGCAAUAGUGGUAAUCAUUUGUAUAGUAGUGAUCGUUGCUAUCAUCUGGAACGUAAUCAUAGUAAUUCAUUUCCAUCUCAAUUAGCCCAAUCAUUCAGUGGAUGUUUGUGCAUGUAAAACAUGCAUGCAAAACAGACAAUUUGUACUAUAUUAUCUUGGAUAAAACCAGUGAUGACUUUGAACAGUAUUUAACCAUCUAAUUCCACACAGAAUAUUCAUGCAUUUAUACUUGUAUACUUUUGUCUGAUUUUUUUGUAUAUUCUACCUUUUUACAUCUAUUUCUUUUGUAUAUCCAAAAUUACGAAUGCAUUUUAUUAAAUACAGGCCCUUUAUUUAUUAAUUAUGCGAAACCUUUUUCCGAUUGUACUUGAAUGAAACACAAUUUUAUUCUCUUAACAUAUCUCAUGUAUUUUCUAUUUUAUACAACAACAAAAAGCAUGUACUACUAUCUGAUGUAUUACUCAGUUAUUUAUUUUAAUGAUGAUGUUUCCAAUUUGCCAAUGAAUUUGCUGAUUUAUUGUUUUAUAUCACUCAUUACCAUUUUAUGCCUUUUUAAAAUGUUAAUUAUGUAGAAUAGUUUUAUUCUUUUAUGAAAGAAAACGUUCACGAU